GGAGUGUUAAUACUAACUAAACACGUGCAGAAGAGAACUCUGCGGCUCCACCUUAAGACGGAGGAAUGAAGCGGGUCAGGAAGAUUUGGUGGGCGGGGAUAAAAAGGUUUGGGACAAAAAAAAAAUAUAUUACAACAUCACGUGGUUGGAGAUCAAAAGAAAAAGAGAGGAAGAGAAAAAAAAGGGAAAAAUGUGCGAGCGGCAGGAGAGGAAAGAAGGGAAGAGGAGAGAAGGGAAGCAAUGUAACGCGUGUGUCAGUCCUGCAGCUGCGAAACUGGGCUUUAAAGAGAGAGAAGUCACUGUUUCUGCCUGAGAUUCCUCCACUUGUUUCAACUUCAAAAGAAACAUUAAGGGGGGGAAAAAAGAUACAUUUGGGAAAUUAUGUUGCGCUUUGCACCGAUCCAGCCGGCGAGAUGAUCAUGAUGUUAAGGAUGGUGAUGAUCAUGAUGAUCAUGCUGUUGAUGAUGUUGAUGGUGAUGAUGAUGAUGGUGGUGGUCGUGAUGGUGUUUUUCUCCCCGAGAAGAUCGCGAUCAAGAGGAAAGGACCAGGUGUUCACCGUGCUGGAGCUUUUUCUUUGCUUCUUUCUCACCGUCUCGGCUAAGGACACGGCCUUCGUGGAGGUCGUGCUGUUCGAGUCGAGCUCGAACGGGGAUUACACCACCUACACGACCGGGCUGCAGGGCCGCUUCUCCCGGGCCGGAGCCACCAUCAGCGCCGAGGGAGAGAUCGUACAAAUGCAUCCUCUGGGUCUGUGUAAUAAUAACGAUGAAGAGGAUCUGUACGACUAUGGCUGGGUGGGCGUGGUCAAGCUGGAGCAGCCUGAACUCGACCCCAGCUGCCUCACCGUCCUCGGCAAGGCGAAGAGGGCGGUGCAGAGAGGAGCUACAGCCGUGAUCUUCGAUGUGUCCGAAAAUCCAGACGCCAUCGAUCAACUUAACCAGCUCUCUGAAGACCCCCUGAAGAGGCCAGUGGUGUACGUUAAAGGAGCUGAUGCAGUUAAACUGAUGAACAUAGUGAACAAACAGAAAGUGGCUCGAGCCAGAAUCCAGCAUCGGCCUCCUCGGCCCACUGAGUAUUUUGACAUGGGGAUUUUCCUGGCGUUCUUCGUCGUGGUGUCUCUGGUUUGCCUCAUCCUCCUCAUUAAAAUCAAGCUGAAGCAGAGACGCAGCCAGAGCUCGGUGAACAGGAUGGCCAUUCAGGCUCUGGAAAAAAUGGAGACCCGUAAGUUUAAGGCAAAGGUUAAAGGUCAGCGUGAGAGUAGCUGCGGGGCGUUGGAUUCUCUGAGCAGCAGCUCAACAGCCGAUUGCGCAAUCUGCCUGGAGAAAUACAUGGAUGGAGAGGAACUGAGGGUGAUCCCUUGUGCACAUCGUUUCCAUAAGAAGUGUGUGGAUCCAUGGCUUCUGCAGCAUCACACUUGUCCACACUGCAGGCACAACAUCAUCGAGCAAAAGAAAGGAAACCCUGGCCCCGUGUGCAUGGACCCGGGGAACCCUGGGCUCCACAGCCGACAGCCAAGGGUAGUUCUUCCUGUUCACUACCCAGGAAGAGUGCACCGAGCUGGCCAAGUGACCGCGUUUCCAACUCGUACGAGCAUGGAUCCCCAUGGGAACCCAAUUACCGUAUUAACCGUGGACCAGCAUCCGGAUCAGAACCUUUACCCUCCGCAGUCCAGUUUCAUUCGGAGUUACCACAGUAUGAACCCUCAUCACUGCACCCUAGAGCAUCGGGCGCUUCCUUACCCUCAACCGCAUGCCUUCAAACGGCCCAAAUUUCCUCGGAACUUUUCUCGUGCUGCUUGUUUCUCGCAGUAUGAGACCAUGUAUCAGCACUACUACUUCCAAGGCUUGACGUUUCCUCAGCAGAAAGAUCAGCCUGGUGGUGCGGCCCAUAAGGGACACGCUCGCUCCUUCCAACCUGGACUUCUCUACCCUACUUUGGUGCACAUGGCAGCACCUUCCUCUUCCCGUCUAGUGGACUCCGGAAGCUCUUCAGGGCUCGGAUGUUAUCACGGACACGGACGAUCCGUGUGUAGCGGAUAUCUUGCGGAUUGUCCCGGCAGUGACAGCAGCAGUAGUAGCAGCAGUUCAGGACGAUGCCAUUGCUCUUCCAGUGACUCCAUGUUGGACUGCACGGAAGUGAGCAACCAGGGCGUUUAUGGGAGCUGCUCUACGUUUCGAAGUUCUCUAAGCAGCGACUACGACCCGUACGUAUAUCGGAGCAAAAGUCCCUGCCGUGGAGCGGCUGGAGAAUCCGGUUCAGGAUUUCCAGCGACUUCGUCCAUUAGUGACGACAUAUUGGGUCCCGUUUCAGGAGGUACAGACUGCAUGCCGCCUCCUGUAGGACCAUGCUACAAUUCAGGGGACCAGCUGUCGAAUUGCAGCAUUGAGCCCAACUGUAGUAGCCACUCGUCACUGGAAACCAGGGAAAUGACUAGUACUACCUCACCCACAGCCCUAGAGGGAACUGUGGAGCAUUGUGGGGAACAAGGGGCAGCAUGUAGCUGCUGCUUUGAGGUUCCGCCACUGAAUGUGGAGCGCAAAGGACAGGAAGGAGCAGACGGGGUAGGACGUUGCCGACGAGGUGUCGAGCCUCAAAACGUGUCCAUAGCUUCUGCGCAGAACUUUUAUGCUGCUAGCAAUGAACUGAUGUCGCCUGCUGAGCACGCUAGCUAUGACGGACUGCCGUGCUGCUUCUACACAGAAAUGAAAGUGCACCGAGGAAGCGUCGGACGUUACGCAGAGGAUUAUUCCGUAAACGUGCAUUACGCCCAAACUGACAGCGAUGGCUGCUCGGGACAAGGAUGCUGCGAGCUCGCUCAGCGGAUACCCAUAAUCCCAGAAGACACGGACUGCGAAUUAGGGCUCGUUUCCGAGCCUCAAUCGAACCUUUUAACAGGGCAGACCAGGACUUCCCUAGACACUAAUCAAAGUUUUUUCACCUCAGGACAAUGCAGAGGUCAAAUAUAUCAACAACAACAGGACGAGGAAGCGAGAACGCUGUUUUCCUCUCAGUUUAAAACGAACAAAUCUACGACCGAGGGCUCCGGGUUUUAAGCGAGGAAAUAAACAAAUUAGAAAGGUUUCACGAUUCAUACGAAUUUGCACGUAUUAAGAGCUGGGAAUGGCUAACCUUUAAGACAGGGGUGGAGUAAUCCCUCAGAGUU